CUGAGAGUGGUGUCUUCCUUCAGUUUCAUACUCUCUGCAGUGAUAGAGACCCUUAUUUUCCCUGUCCAUCUCCCAAGUGCCAUCCCUGUCCCACACCCUUCGCACACACCCUGGGCAGCCCUGAGCUCUGCGGACUCUUUCCCUUUCUCCUGGGUAAAAGGAAAAAAACCUUUUCCCAGGAUUUUCUUACCUAGGAGGUCUCACCAAGAUGCAAAGCAACUAAACCGACGGGCUUGGUUCCGGAGAGAGCCCGUGGCUCUCGCCGGCGCUGAGCUGGGGCUACCUCUGAGCGCUUUUCACAGGAGAAAAAGACAACGAAAUCCAAGCGCAGGAGGGAUUGCGAAGGGAGGUUACCUGCUCUACUGCUGGGGGCUGGCAGCGGCACCAAAGUCACCCCGGGCUGGCCGUCGGGACUCGUUUUGUUUGGUUGUUCUCCCGGGAGGAAGCACCAGAUCCGAGCACAGCGAAGGGCCGGGAGGACAGGCGGCGGCAGCGCUGGCCCCGGGACCCCCGGGGGAGGGACCGCUCGGGGGCAUGGCUAUGGAAGGAACCCCAGGAGAGGCUGGGGGAUUUAGUCCUGGGACUCGGGACCCCUCCCCGAGGGCCUCCUCCUGCCGCCAGGGGAGAGGGGCCGGGCGGGCCGGCACCGCACGCCCCUCCGGGGGGGCGCCGGCCCUAUAUAUUGCCAAGCGGCUCGGGACCGACCUCCCCAUCGCAGGGAGCUGCCGCCGAGCCUGUCCCCCUCCCCUUCCCCUCCCUCUCCCCUUCCCCUCCCCUCCGGGGGGCUCUUUCUCCCGCCGCUCCCCCCCAUCCUCCGAGGAGGAGGAAGGCGAGGGCCGUAUAUGAACGCGGCCGGCUUCCCCUGCCUGCGAGGCAUGUGCACGCUGCCGGCGGCCAGCCCCGCGGCCAGCCCCGGCUCCCCCGGGCCGCCGCGGGGGUCUCCGCAGGCGCCGCCGGUGAAGCCGGAGCCGCGGGGCGCCGGGAGCAGCCCGGCCCCGCCGCCGCCGCCCGAGGAGCCGCCGCCCCCCGCCGGGGGCCGCCGGAGGAAGCGGCCGGUGCAGCGGGGCAAGCCCCCGUACUCCUACAUCGCCCUCAUCGCCAUGGCCAUCGCCAACGCCGCCGAGAGGAAGCUCACCUUGGGGGGCAUCUACAAGUUCAUCACCGAGCGUUUCCCCUUCUACCGGGAGAACCCAAAGAAGUGGCAGAACAGCAUCCGCCACAACCUCACCCUCAACGACUGCUUCGUCAAGAUCCCCCGGGAGCCCGGACAUCCCGGCAAGGGCAACUACUGGACACUGGACCCGGCCGCAGAGGACAUGUUCGACAACGGGAGCUUCCUGCGCCGGAGGAAGCGCUUCAAGCGCACCGACAUCACCACCUACCCCGGCUACAUGCAGAACUCCAGCGCCUUCACGCCCCCGCCCGCCGGCCGCCCCACGGCACCCACCGCGCCCUACCCCAAUGCCCUCUGCUCGCCUGGCUACGGCCCCCAGCUCUCCAGCGGCGUCUUCCACCCCUACGCCGCCGGGGCAGCACCGCCGGCACAGCACCCCAGGAUGUUCAGCAUCGACAGCCUCAUCAGCGGGCAGCAGGCCCUGCAGCCCUCACCGCCCUCCGAGCUGGGCCACCCAUCGCUGGGCUUGCCCGGAGCCGAGCUGGCUCCCGCCUGCUCUGCCGGCAGCUCCGAGCCCCCCUGCUUCCAGGCACAGCCUGUCAGCCCCGGCUUGCUGGGCCGGGCCGGCCCCAACUCCCUGGCCUACCCCUAUGCCGCCUCGCCGCCGCACCUGCCCGUGGCUCAGGGCAGCUACUCGCCCAGCAGCCCGCAGCUCUACGGGGCUCCCAACAGACUGGCGCUGCCGGCCGUGCGGGCCCCGGCCUGCUCCGAGCACGGCGAGCAGCUCCUGGGGCUCUCCGCAUCGCCCCUCGGCCAGUUCGGCUCCAGCAACGCCUACAUGAGGCAGCCCGGCUUCCCCGGCGGCCUGGAGCGGUACAUGUGAUGGGCUGAGACAUCCCCCGGCUCCCACGAGCGGCCCUGGACACGCGGACUUCUCCCUUCUGUGGGGCAGCUGCGGUGGAGUCGGGGUGCCGGGCUCCCGGCUGGGUGCGGACACACACCUGCGGGAGGAUCCGUUCCUCUCCCUCUCUCUCUCUCAGCCUAUUCUGAAGAGGAGGCAAGGUGAUACCUGUUUAUCUGCUCCGUUCCUUCUCAGAAAAGGUGUUCGCUGGCUCUGCCGGGCAGGGCUUCCCACGCGUGCCCAGCCUGGCCCCGGGGCACCCCCAGGGCGAGCAGGAGCACACCCAGGGUGGGUGCAUGGUGUAACAUGCAGGAACUCUCUCUCAAAUGGGCUUUUUCCUCUCUUCCCUGAGUGCCUCCCGUGUAACUGGAAUGAAAGUUAUCAAAAAAAGCCCCCAAACCACUAAACAAGUUCACUGGAUUUUAAAUGAAUAUUUAAGAUGGUUUAUAAUUUCCUUUCCCUGUAGGAAAAGAAACCCCAACUUGACUACUUCUUUU